AUGAAGAGGAACUUAGUUCAUACGCUAGCCACGCUAGCCUAUGGCUAUUCGAAGCCGUCUUACUGUGGACUGAAGCUUCUAGGGCAACACUGGAUUUUCUGGAACUGCGGAUUUGGUGACAACAAUGGCCUGUGGCUCUUGCUCCAACGAGAAUGCCUUCAAAGCCGCGUUCAUGUGCGGUACAAGUACCCACUUGAGGAAAAUAAAGCCGAGGAUCGCAAAUGCCUGGUGGAAGAGGAAUUUGAGCGUUUCAACCAAUCCGGCAGAUUUGUGGCCGGUGUGGUCGUCGAGCCCGUUCAAGCCGGAGGAGGUGACGUCCAUACAUCGCUGGAAAUCUUCCAGUUGGGAUUGACUUUGUGGCUGGUAAAUGGAAGUCCGACACCAAAGUCAUCUGACGAACCUACGUGGGCCGCAAGGGAGGCCAAACAAAUCAUGCUACCCAUGCACUUUCCAGGACAAUUUGCAGAUUUCAACGAUUACGUGGUUCCCAGUAUUCAAGCACCUAUGUAUACAAUCAACAACGCUAAACUCAACACGUACAGUAACGUCGAUCCUCCUCUGCAAGGCUUCCGCCAGUAUUACGGAUUUAAUCCAUUCUAUAUGGCACCUGUAGUACCAAACGGCAGGUUUGGACUUGCUGCACUUGCGUCCAUACUUUCACAAAUUUUUGGCGGCGGUGGUAGCAGCAGCUCAUCUUCAACACCUUCUUCUAGUUCUUCUUCUUCAGCAACUAGCUCAACUUCUUCUUCUUCUUCAGCGACUAGCUCCUCCAGUUCUUCCAGCUCCAGUUCUUCCACUGCUAGUUCUUCAUCCGCCAGCAGAGUUACUCCUGUAACAAAGACUGCCUUGUUCGUUCCGGCACCGGCCAUCGUCACUGCCACUCGACUGCCCUAAAUUAUAUUUAACCAUCUGCUUUUGAUUUGCUUUCUACCACUUUUAUUAUAAGUAGAAUUCGUUAUUCAUGCAAAUACAACACUCAUAUGCAAAGCAA